CCCGGAUACACAGGGUCCGGCGGGUAUCAGGCUUGCUCAUAUCAGUUCGCUGGCCGCCUUCAUCGCCGAACUUGCCAAUCUGUCCCAUUGCUCCGCCCAGACUGCAGACACCUCUCGAGUCUCGGCCCACGCAGUGCACACGAUGGAGCCCCGAAAAACACGGGCCGGCGCCAAAGCUUGUGUAUCAUGUCGACGGCGCAAGGUGCGCUGCCAGAUCGAUUCUGGCAUGACCAAAUGUCGCGCUUGUCAUCGACGAUCAUCUGCAUGCAUUCCGAGCAACGUUCAGUCUCUAUCGGAACAACAGUCGGCCCCUUUUCCCCAGCUCGAGUGUGAACCUGCGCCCUUUGGCCCGUUUCUCGACGUAUCGGUAUUCGACGGGCUACCAACCCCGGAUCGUCCACCAUCGCCCCAGCUGGCACAGGAGACGCAGUAUGACGCUUCUCUGCCUCCGUUGAUUAACCACUUCGACUCGCUUUUCAGAGCUCCAGAGACUGAUGCGGACCCCUUCACUUCUCUAUUGUGCUUCUCACUACCUGGAUCGCUGAUUAGUCGCCCUGAUUCAUCACCCUUUUCGAUAUUCUCGCCGGAGGGCAAACAAUGGCUUCGCAGAGCCGUUGGGAAUGGAGAAUUCAACUCGGACAUUCUCUCGCCCUCCAUAUUCGGCUCUGACAGCAUUUUUGGCAAGAGCACCAGUCCCUCGCCGCUUCCACAACAGUUCAUUCACCUCCCGCACAAGGACAUCGCUCGCUCACUCCUCCGCACCUACUUUGAGACCUGCAACUCCUUCUGUCCGACAUUCGAGGAACACGAAUUCAUGCUGUGCUUCGAACUCGAGUAUCCGGUCGGACCUGAUUCAUCGGCGAAAUGGGCCUGUCUAAAUGCGACUCUCGCUCUUGCUUGUUUACUGGACCAGCAGUUUCACUCGAAAGCAUGGCUGUUUUGGAAGAAUGCGACACUUUCCUGGGAGUCGUUCAUGACCCGCGCCCCCAGUCUGUCUUCGGCUCAGGCGCUUUUGACCAUGACGCUGUACCUACUUGGGACGUUUCACUGCAACCCUUCGAGUAGCAUGAUUCCCAUGGCGGUUCGCAUUCUCAGCGGCAUAUCACCUCCGGAGGAUCGCAUGUCCCAACAGUUUCAAUUUGUCCGGCUGGUAGCCCAAGGUUUGGAUCUAGAUCACGCAAUACAAGCUGGAGUGCCACCCACUGAGCUGGGAGUAGUGGCUCACACAGUGACUCCGUUCAGUCCCGAACUCAUUGGCGAUCUCAACAUGCCGUUUGACUGCUACCCGGCUUUCUGUCAACUAUUGCAGUUGAAGGAAGACGUCUACCGCGAGCUCUACUCCAUCUCCGCUCAGGAUAAAGCUGACUACGAGGUGAUCGCAACGGUAGGUCAGCUGGAUGAGCAGCUCGAGCGUUGGAGAGAUGAUAUACCGGAGGAUUACCGUCCAGCUCAUUCAAAAUCCAAGGAUGCCAUCAGACAUGGCUUCUGUGAUACCGUACUCCAUCUCCACCUCAGCUAUCACAAUUCCGUCUUGGUAAUUCACCGUCGGUCAAUGUCGUACGGCAAGCCGUUGAUUGAUUCCGGUUCACCACUGACUACUAGAACCCAUUCUGCUUGGUCUUUGAACUCCCGUGCUUUAAUGUCAACGCAGCUUUGCGCCGAGGCUGCCCGUGCGACGUUAAGGCUGGUCAAGUAUAUUCCGAAACAUAAUCCUUUGACUCGAGGGAUGAUGUUCAACUACGUCGUCUUCGCACUUAAACUCCUCGUCACCCUCACCGUUCGUGAUCCACGCAGUCCGCGGGCCCGCGCAGAUAUUCUCUUGAUGCGCAACCUGGAGGACGUGGUAUCGUCUAUACCUGCUGGCCACGACGAACGAAGUAUCCAAAAUUUAGUUGACUACUGUUCUCAUUACCGAGACGUCGCCGAACGAGCGAUCGAUCGGGGCCUCUCCCGAAAGAGGCCUAGAGAACAUGACAAACACUCCCGGGAGAAACCUGCAGCGCAAUACGGUUUUUAGUGACAUCCGACCUCUAUAAAUCGUGUGGCUAGGCCCAAUGUGACGUCGACACUUGUUGUAUUUCACCCAAAACCGCCUUCUCUCGCGUCAAUGCAACUCCCGUCUGACAACAGAGCACAAUGGCGCUACACUAGAUAAUUUAAUACAGAACAGACUUGUACCGUCAGCUGCGCUGCAUACAGUGUCCAUUUCACCCUGGUGUCUGUCCUUGGUGUCGCAGUCUUCCCCGGGCCAUCUCUUGGCCUACGCCUACUCAUCACCUUACAUUGGUGCUUCAUUUACAACUCUUAUCACAACUCCACUUCAUCUCUUGUUUCCUUUCGGUACGCUGAUACGAUAAUCUGACUUUCCAAUCACGGGAAAAAGGACUAGACUUGGCUCAUUGGUUCCGGCCACCGCACACUCAACGAAGCUGCUGCACAUAUACCCACGUCAGAUAAGUAGAACUGUAUUAUCAAUCGCAAUUGUUAGAUUUACU